CCGCAACCUGAGGUAAGCUGAAAAGGCGGCGUACCUAAUAAGCUUUCUAACACGUGCUUUGCAGAUCUAUGGUCUUCGCCAGCUUCGUCGACGUGAGGUGUCAAGAACCAACCUUGCAUCAAUGUACACUGCUAGCUCGCCAGACACAUCGUACCCAGAGCCGAGCGCCGUCGAAUCACCCAACGCCGGCUAUCUUCGACCGACGUACCGAUCGGACAGUCCCAGCACUAUCCGCCUGGACUCUUCGACUACCUCUAGUCGAUACUUCCGGCCGCCGCGGUCCAGCGCGUCCAUCUCGUCGGUUGAGAACCCGCGUAGUUUCGGCUCCUCCUUGUACACUUCUUCUACGCCUUCCAGAACGACAUCGACAUCAACCACGUUGGUAGACAAGCGUUCUGUCCAGCGAUCCGAGUCAAUUAUGUCCCCUAGCCGGCUAUCCGAGUCGACCGAGGAGGAAUCCAGUUCGACAUCCCAGAGGUCACCUACUAGACCCAGUGAUGGGCCCCUCGGGCCGCGGUGGAACGACUAUUCCUUCCGUGAGGCAGAUCUCUACUACAACGUACCUCGCCCGCCGCCAGUAGAAAGAGCAUCAGAAGAACUGCCCAGACCACCAGCUCCACGACCCUCCUUCCGGUCUUCAUCCGGACUAUGGGCGAGAGUCACUGGUCAAUCCGGGACGAGUGAGCAGGGGUUCCAGGUCGUCCGACCUCGACCGGCCUCGGAGCAAGGCUUCGUGGUUGUUCGACCCAACAGGCCGAGUAACCUCGGCAACGGUGCUCCGGGGAGUGCGUCCAGGGCGCCACAGUGAUUUGUUAUGCCUGGUAUCAUUUUGACCAAAGACAUUUUCCGUGGAUCUUGACCGUUGAAUUUUGCGAAUUCAUUUCACAACAUUGUAUGUAUAAAAGUUAAAAGCAUAAUGCGGCGUUGGAGGAUAUUACUUGGCAGGUUACUUAUGGCAUUCGGCCAAUUGCCUAGGCAAAUGACAUCAAAAUUAUGAUUUGGUAUAACUUGGAACGAUUUUGGAUCACAAGAGUGGAAGGAUAGAGAAAGGAAAUAUCUAUUCCACGCUUUCUUAUAAUAUUCAUUCCAUUUCAACCUCGAA